AGUGUGAGAAGUAGUACAAAUUGAGUGAGUCCCCUUCACCCCAACCGCCCACUCCCAAGAAAUUGCUCACCUUUUUGCGGUUUGAAGUAUGAACAAUCUUCUGAUAUUGAGAUAUCUGAUCGCCUUUUUGGCUGCAAAAUUACUCCUCUGCUCUACCAUUACUCGAACUCCGUGCUAAGCAAUCAGUAAUCACUCCCUUUCUCACAUGUAAACCAUUUUUCUCUGACGGUAACCUCGCGCUUUCCAUGUGAUAAUGAUGCCACCCCCUUACCCCACACACUACACGCACUGGCGCGCCGAACCUACUUACUCAGUGAGACCACUCACUGCUGUAGCCAAGAAGCAAGAAAACAGGGGGACCCCAUUUCACAUUUAUUGACUGUACGGUUUUCCUUCUGUUGCAGAGAUUUAGGGGGGAGAGUUAAGUAGAUAGAUCGAGCCCGUCAAAGUAAGGAGACCCAGUAAAGGAUAAAGAGGAAAAAAGCUAUUUUUGGAGGUGGGAUUGGUUUUUUUUUUUUUUUGUAUUGGUUCCGAUAAUGAAGGCCAAAGGGGCGUCGGCGGCGGUUGUGCUAAACCCUGUUCCUGUUAUUUCUUUUGAUCACAAGAGGGAUGCUUAUGGGUUUGCAGUGAGACCUCAGCAUGUACAACGAUAUCGGGAAUAUGCUAACAUCUACAAGGAAGAAGAGGAGGAGAGAUCAGAUCGAUGGAAGGAAUUUCUGGAAAGGCAAUCAGAAUCUGGCUUAUUUGAUACCCAUAAUGCUGCAAAUUUGAAUUUUGAAUCAGUGAAUCUAACAGCUGAUGAUAAUUCCAAGAAUGCUGGUGAACCGGAGGAUUCAAAUGAUAAGACUAACCAUGAAAGUUUGAAAAAGGAAAAUGAAGUGCAAUCUGCAACAGAUGUUAAAAUUCACCGCGUACAAAUAUGGACAGAGAUCAGGCCAUCUCUUCGCGCCAUAGAAGAUAUGAUGAGUGCUCGUGUGAAAAAGAAGGACACUUCAAUUAAAAAUGAAUCAGUGCCUGGUGCAGGAAAGCCAAUUCCUCCCCUAGAAGAGGCUAAACCUGGGAAAGGAGCAUCUGAAGACGACUCUGAGGAAGAGUUUUACGAUUUGGAAAGAUCAGAAUCAGAUCCUGUUCAAGACAUAAGUUCAGGAGAUAGUGUUCCUGCUCCAACUGUGGGGGCGGCUCACAAUGCUACUAAUUCAGAAUCUCUACCUCCUUGGAAGGAAGAACUGGAGUGUCUUGUUCAAGGAGGGGUGCCAAUGGCACUAAGGGGCGAACUUUGGCAAGCCUUUGUUGGUGUUAAAGCACGUCGAGUGGAAAAAUACUAUCAUAAUUUGCUUGCUCCAGACAAUUGUGUCAGAAGCAAUAACAAUGAACUGGAGGAUAAGAUUCAUGAGUCAAAUCCAGAAUGUGCAGGUGUACCUGAAAAAUGGAAAGGCCAGAUUGAGAAGGACUUGCCUCGAACUUUUCCAGGCCAUCCUGCUUUAGAUGAUGAUGGUAGAAAUGCUUUAAGGCGUUUGCUUACUGCGUAUGCCCGCCAUAAUCCUUCUGUUGGCUACUGCCAGGCUAUGAAUUUCUUCGCAGGCUUGUUAUUGCUUUUGAUGCCCGAGGAAAAUGCAUUUUGGGCUUUAAUGGGUAUCCUAGAUGACUAUUUUGAUGGCUAUUAUUCAGAAGAAAUGAUAGAAUCUCAGGUUGAUCAACUUGUUCUUGAGGAGUUGGUGCGCGAGAGAUUUCCCAAACUAGUAAACCAUCUGGAUUAUCUGGGAGUGCAGGUGGCAUGGGUGACUGGGCCGUGGUUCCUUACGAUAUUUAUGAAUAUGCUUCCAUGGGAAAGUGUUCUUAGGGUCUGGGACGUACUUCUCUAUGAAGGAAAUCGUGUAAUGCUAUUCCGGACUGCACUCGCUUUAAUGGAGUUAUAUGGACCUGCAUUGGUUACAACCAAGGAUGCUGGAGACGCAGUCACACUGCUUCAGUCGCUAGCAGGCUCCACUUUUGAUAGCAGUCAACUUGUCUUGACAGCUUGCAUGGCUUACCAAAAUGUUAAUGAAAAGAGAUUACAAGAACUGAGAAAUAAACAUCGACCUGCUGUCAAGGCUGCACUGGAAGAAAGAUCGAAGGGGUUUAGAGUUUGGAGGGACUCCCAGGUUCUGGCUUCAAAGUUAUAUAAUUUCAAACAGGCUCCUGAUUCAACAAUGGUAGGAACUGAUAAACCAGAAGGAACGAAUGCUGACAUCAAUGAUAAUGUUUCACACUUGGAUGCUUCAUCUGAUAAUGUGAAUGGGCCAUAUAUGAGCUUGAAUGGUGACAUGGAGGUAGAUCCUGGUAAAGAUCUUCAAGAGCAGGCGGUGUGGCUUAAGGUUGAGCUGUGCAAGCUGCUUGAGGAAAAACGAUGUGCUGAGCUUAGGGCAGAAGAGCUUGAAAUAGCACUAGUGGAGAUGGUUAAGCAGGAUAAUCGGCGACAAUUGAGUGCAAGGGUUGAGCAGUUAGAACGAGAGGUCUCUGAGCUUCGGCAACUACUCAUUGAUAAGCAUGAACAAGAGAAUGCCAUGCUUCAGAUCUUAAUGAGGGUGGAACAAGAACAGAAGGUGGCAGAGGAUGCUCGCAUAUCUGCCGAGCAAGAUGCUGCUGCCCAGAGAUAUGCAGCACAAGUGCUUCAGGAGAAGUAUAAAGGAACAACUGCUGCCCUGGCUGAGAUGGAAAAGAGGGCAGUUAUGGCCGAGUCCAUGCUGGAAGCAACCUUGCAGUACCAGUCAGGGCAAAACAAAGCACUGUCUUCUCCUCGGUAA